UAUAUUACAAUUAGCUGCAAAACGAGAAGGAAACAAAUACACAAAAGGGAAUAAACAGAUACAAAAAUGGGAAAAUCAAACCCAUUCCUGUAUCUGCCAACGCCAAGAAUAUUGUUUCCUUUUAUCUGCCUUUUUCUUCUUUUUCAAGUCUCUGACUCAUGGGCAGCUUCCGAUUCUGCCCAUAACGCCUUUGUCCAGUGCUUAUCAUCUCAAACAAAGCAACCAGAUCAAAUCUCCAAAAUAGUUUAUGCUCAAAACAACCCUUCCUACUCAUCCGUCCUCCGUGCCUACAUCCGCAAUGCACGCUUCAACACCACAUUGACGCCAAAACCUGUCAUCAUCGUGACCCCGACAGAGGAAUCCCAUGUCCAAGCUGCCGUGAUUUGCGCCAAGAAAAAUGGCAUCCAUAUAAGAAUCCGCAGCGGCGGCCAUGACUACGAGGGCGUCUCGUAUGUAUCUCAAGACCCAUUUGUCGUCCUCGAUAUGUUUAAUCUUCGUUCUGUUGUGGUCGAUGCCAAGGAAGAAACUGCAUGGGUGCAAGUCGGCGCGACGCUUGGAGAAGUUUAUUAUAAUAUAUGGCAGAAGAGCAAGCUGCAUGGCUUCCCGGCAGGGGUUUGUUCCACCGUCGGCGUUGGUGGGCACUUAAGUGGCGCUGGAUAUGGUUUCAUGGUUCGGAAAUAUGGACUUACCACAGAUAAUGUCCUUGAUGCGAAGAUCGUGGACGUUAAUGGCAGAAUCCUUGAUAAGACUUCAAUGGGAGAAGAUCUUUUUUGGGCCAUUAGAGGAGGAGGAGGCGCAAGUUUUGGAGUAAUACUCGCAUUCAAAAUAAAGUUGGUUCCUGUUCCGGAAAAGGUUACCGUUUUUAGGGCUGAAAGGACCUUGGAAGAAAACGCGACCGAUAUUGUCUAUCGAUGGCAGCAAGUCGCUCCGACCACGGAUGACAACCUGUUCAUGAGGAUGCUGAUACAGCCCGUGACAUCCAAGGUGAAGAAGGGGGAGACAACAAUCCGAGCAUCGAUCGUCGCAUUGUUCCUCGGCAAAGCAGAAGACCUGAUCACUUUAUUAAGCAAGGAGUUUCCUGAACUAGGUUUGAAGAAGGAAGAUGUGACGGAAAUGAGUUGGAUUGAUUCUGUUGUGUGGGCUGGCGCCGGCAAUGGCAAUGUCACGUCCCCGACAGUCCUCCUCGACCGACACCCCGACACGGCAAUCUUCGGGAAGAGGAAAUCGGAUUACGUGCAGAAACCGAUUUCGAAAGCUGGGUUGGAAUAUAUAUGGAAGAAAAUGAUUGAGCUCGGAAAAGUUGGACUGGUUUUCAAUCCUUAUGGUGGAAAAAUGAACCAAGUACAAGCUUCUGCACUUCCUUUCCCUCAUCGUGCAGGGAAUUUGUUCAAAAUCCAGUACUCAAUAAGCUGGCAAGAUGCAGGAAUUGAGGCAGAAAAGAACUUCAUAACUCAAUCAAGGAGCCUUUACAGUUACAUGACUCCUUUCGUGUCCAAGAACCCUAGAAGUGCAUAUUUGAACUAUAGGGAUCUUGACAUUGGGAUCAAUCACCAUGGUAUGAACAGCUAUGCAGAAGGGAAGGUUUAUGGAGCCAUGUAUUUUCAUGAAAACUUUGAUAGGUUAGUGAAGAUCAAGACUGCAGUUGAUCCAGACAAUUUCUUCCGGAAUGAGCAAAGUAUCCCUCUGGCAUCUUCCUCAUAAUUAAGGUUUAGGAAAUUUUACUCCGAUACAUUAAUUAAUUAUAAUGUUGUGAUGGUCAGUCGAUCGAUCGAGAUGGAUGAUGAUUAUUAAUAUGUAAGAUUUUUUCUAUUUCUUGGCAGCUCUUCGAUCGCUAGCUUUUUGCUAAAAAUAUCUCUUAAUUUGUAGUGAUAUUUAUUAAUCUUUAUUUCCCAAUUAUAUCCCUACGACAAAAACAAUUAAUAGGAAUGAAAAUUAAAAAAUACCCCCCCCGCCCAAAAAAAAAA